CGGCGGGGCGGGCGGUUGCCGGGGCGGGGCGCGGCGCGGCGCGGCGCUUUUCUGGCCGGGGCGGGCGGCGGCGCCCAGUCCGGCGGCGGCCGCGGGAGCCCUGGCGACGGGCACGGCGAGGCGAGGCGGGCAGCGGCUCCGCGCGGCGCGUGCGGCUCGGGGCGGCGGCGGCGGCUGCAGCCGCGGGCUUACGAGCUGGGGCCAUGGUGCCGCCAGCCGGCGCUAGGCUCCUGCCGCGCCCGGCGCAGAGCCCCCCGCUCCGGCGCCUGCUGCUGGUGCUGCUGGCGCUCUGCCCCUGCGGCUGCCUGCCGCGCCGCCGGCCCGCGGCGCCGCCCGUCGUGCUGGUUCCGGGGGACUUAGGUAAUCAAUUGGAAGCAAAAUUAGAUAAGCCAUCAGUAGUGCACUAUCUCUGCUCUAAGAAGACGGACAGUUAUUUUACACUGUGGCUCAAUUUAGAAUUGCUUCUGCCUGUCAUCAUUGAUUGCUGGAUUGAUAAUAUCAGGCUGGUAUAUAAUCGAACGAGUAAGAUUACAGAACCACCAGAUGGAGUGGAUAUCAGAGUCCCAGGCUUUGGGCAGACGUUUUCCUUGGAGUUCCUUGACCCAAGCAAAAGGAGUGUUGGCAGUUACUUUUAUAUGCUGGUGCAAAGUUUAGUAGACUGGGGCUACAAGCGGGAUGAAGAUGUAAGAGGCGCACCUUAUGACUGGCGAAAGGCACCAAAUGAGAAUGGACACUAUUUCGCGGCCCUUCGCAAGAUGAUAGAGCUAAUGUAUGAACAGUAUGGAAGUCCUGUUGUCUUAAUUGCCCACAGUAUGGGUAAUAUGUACACCCUCUACUUUCUCAAUCAUCAGACUCAGGACUGGAAGGACAAGUACAUAAAGGACUACGUGUCAUUAGGUGCUCCUUGGGGAGGAGUUGCUAAAACUCUCCGUGUGUUGGCUUCAGGUGACAACAACAGAAUACCUGUCAUCAGUUCAGUCAAGAUUCGAGACCAACAGAGAUCAGCUGUUUCCACAAAUUGGAUGCUCCCUUACAACUACACAUGGCCUUCAGAUAAGGUCUUUGUAAGCACACCUACAACCAACUACACUCUGCGGGAUUAUCAAAAAUUCUACAGGGACAUCGACUUUGAGGAUGGCUGGCUCAUGAGGCAAGACACUGAACCCUUGGUAUACCAGAUGACACCACCUGGUGUGCGCAUUCACUGUCUUUUUGGUACUGGCGUAGAAACACCCGAUUCCUUCCAUUAUGAAAGCUUUCCUGAUAAAGAGCCCAAGAUCCUUUACAGUGACGGGGAUGGUACAGUAAACUUACAGAGUGCCUUGCAAUGUCAAAAAUGGGUGGACAUGCAAAAACAGGAAGUGGUGAUAUUUGAGCUUUCAGGAAAUGAGCAUAUUCAAAUGCUAUCUAAUGAUACUACUAUCUCCUAUGUGAAAAAGCUGCUUUUUGAUUUGUGACACCCUGCGUUGACAGUUAUCUUCCUCACCUAUGAUGCCUUUCCUUAAAUUAGGGAAAAUGCCUUUUGAUCCCUUGAUAUUUAGGUAGCUGAAUUAUUUAUUUGUUUUUGUGUUUUUUCUUCUGUGUUCAAGAAGUUGUUUGGUGUCCUAAACGAUAAUUUGUCUCUGAUUUGUGUUCAUGAUGCAUUGUGGUAUUUUCACAUUGUGAAAAUUUGGUCAAAUAUGUAUUUUGGUACCUCUGGUGUUGUAUCCAGUAUUCAUACACAGACUUUCAUUUGGAGACUGCAGCCCCUUGCACAUACUAUGUGAUUUUCUUUUGUGUGGGCUUUGAAGGGUUUGGAGGGGGAGGGCUGGGAAGGAUUGCAAUUUCAGUUGCCCCUGAAUCAAGGGAAAGAUAUUAAGAAUUUGGAAAGCAGAGUAAACUUAGCUUAGUUUGUAAGAGUGCAGAUCUACUAAGUAUCUUAGGCAAGAGGUUUGUUACUGCAUUACUUUUUGUCACAUCCAGUCUUCCUGUUGCUAAAUCUUUUGGGAAAGGGGAAAGAUGUGUGAAUUACUUGAAGCUUAUUAGGUAUCUUUUUCUAAAAAAACAAAAACAAAAAAAAAUUAGAGAAAGUUGUUUGCUCUUCAAAUUCUAGAGCCUGAUGACUUAAAAUUUAUAGUCUGAAGACUGCUCACCUUGUGCUUUACUUAUCAAUGGGGAAAAGAAGCUGAGCAGUGGAUGGUGCUUGUAACAAUCAAAGCUGUGUGGAGUGGCAUAUCAGUCAGAACUAAUAGAAUCAAAUACUGGCAGACAAUACAUACAGUGCAGAAUUUUUUCAUUUCUGGGUGGAAAAUGUCUCCUGUAGUGAAAAUGAUAAUGGAUAGCAGGCAUUCAUUGAAAGCAAAUUUCCUGAAAGGGGGGCUAGGGGGAACCAAUGUAAUACAGUAUGAAGCAUAAACUUGUUCUUGGCCAAAUUCUCUGAUCCAGUUUCUGACCAAGCAGUGGUUGGAUCAACAUUGCUGAAAAGAACCUUAAAAUUUUAAGACUAAAAUACACUCCCCAUGGAUUACAAACUUUGUUAUUACUGUCUCAAGAAGUUGGGGAUAUACAGUUCCUUAAAUGUUUAGAUAGUUGUAUAGCAUACAGCUCUGUUUAAUUGCUACAAUAUUGUUUUACUCAGUGUUAAAAAGCAUUACAGAUUUGAACUCCAGAGAAAUGGUAGCUUAAAUGAGCUUGGUAUUUACAACCUUGAUUACAGAAAUCCUCUUGGAGAAAUAAUUUCACUGAAAGAUUCCCUUUUGCUUACAUUAAAAUCAGUUGCCCAGUUAGACUACACUUAGUUUUCUGAAAAAGCCACUACAGCUGCUUUCCAAAUGCUGGAUCCUCCUGCAAAAAUUUUAUUUUAACGCUUUCAGAAACUCAUCAGAAAUAUUGAUGUUACAUUACUGAGGAAAUUGAAGCUGUCUAAGGGAUAAAUUUUAACUUUAUUUUUGUAGCACACACAAAAUGUUUGCUGCCAUUAAAUGUAAAAAUGUUGCAAUGACAAUAGGCUCGAAUUCUUGUUACUGUAGAAUGCAAACAUUUUGGCACAGGGUAGGUCUAAGGCUUCAAGUUUUAAUUCAGAAACGAUUUGUAAAUUCAGAACAACUGAAACUAGGGUUGUGGAUAAGCUAAAAGUAUUCUGAGGUUUUAACUUUCUUUUUAUGUAGCUUCAUUAUCCUUGUAUAUUCCCUAUUACUUUUGGUGAAUGUUUAUCUUGUAAUCAGUUGUCCAGGAACCUGCAGUUCCACAGCUAUAUUGCCCAGACUUCUUCAGACGUAGUACUGAGUUGUCCCAAGCUACUUGUAAAUGGUAACUGCUGAAAUGAAAUAACACACACAAAACAGUUUUUUAGCUGACUGUUCUAUUUGGUGCAGGGCUGUUGGUUGGAUAAACUUCAGACUUGUGUUCCAAAGCUGCUCAAGGAUAAAGCUCUUCCUGUGGUCUGACUCUGAAUAAAUUGCUACAUUACUGGUUUACAGUAGAAAGAAAUUACAGAAAAUACAGCUUUUCAGUCUCUAUUUCUUGCUUAAGUAGAAUGCCUGUUAAUAAACACUUGGAUGAGUGGAGCUGGAGGCUGUAUCACAGGUCACUAAUGUGGGCAUCGAGGGCUGAAAAAAGAACAUGGGCUAACAGUUCUUAACCUGAGCUGGAGAAUGUUUUGAAGCUUCAUUUAGAUCCUUACAUGUUCAGUUGGUGCAUUCUUUCAGUCUCAUAUCAAGCUCACUGUAAAGUGAAUGCAGCAAGUAAUCUGUAUCAUUCUAGUCACUGAAGUGGAACUACUUUGCUCAGCCUUUGAGAAGGCCCUAUUCACUAAGGUUUGUUUCUCUACGUUUGAAAGCAAGAAUAUUUAGCAUUACUGUUACAGGCCUGCUAGAGCCACGCGUGCUUGAACAUCCUAGGGUCUUGUGGAGGGAGAGAGGGAGAAGUCUCAAGAAAUGCAUCUUUCUAGAAAGAGAAGAAUGUGGCACUUAGUAGGAGUAACUCAGGUGCUUUGCCACACUUCACAGCUGAAAUGUUUAAAUUUACUGACAUGUCUUCAUUAUACCUGAAAUAUAUGGAGCAUGUCUUUCUCUUUCCUGAACUUUUACAUAGUUUUGUUUUUCCAGGAUGUUUUCAGAAACCAAAAAUAGUCUUGAGGACCAAAUGUGUUUAUUUUUGACAAAAUGUAAAGAGAAUGCUGAAGGGGCUUCAGCUGUUGCUGUAAUACUGCUGAAGAGGUUCAGAGUCACUAUGUGAUUCUGUUAAAAGCAGAAGGCUUCAAAAAUUAGCAAUAAUUGCAAAGGACUUGCAGACCAAAGGAAGGAAUGUUUAGUAUUAAGGUAGUUCUUGGAGCACAGUGUGUUCAAGGCCCUCUUAAAUUCAGGGAAUGUUUGGCUAUGACUUUGCUGCUCUACACUUUAACAGUAUUUUGUACAGAACAUAAUCCGAGACCUAGCAUUUUAUAUGCCACUUUUGUGUAUGAAUGAGUUCAACAGAUUUUGCAUAUUUUAUUGUCUUUGAUAACAUAAUAAAGUUGAUCUAAUACUGUC